AAACAAUCAUUUUACAAUGACUUCUUAUGAGUAGAAAGUCAGUUAGCACACAGUGAAAGCUAAGACUUCGUGACUUUACUAUAAGAUGUGAGACCGUACCUUCCUUAUUUUUUUUUUUUUUAUUAUUUUUUUUUUAACAUACUUUUUAUUGGAUUUUUUUUGUUUUGUAGGCUGUUUGAUUUCAUGGAAUUAUUUUGUGCAAUUAAUCUGUAUUUUGUGUUGUGCUGCCUCUUGCUUGUCAUUAUGAGUCUGUACUCCCGUGGUCUUAAAAAAUCUAAAGAUAUUGGUGGGACCUCCAGGCUGAUGGACACUUUUAAGAUAAAAGAAAAUCUAUACAUACAAAAAUAAAAAAAGAGGUCAAACAGAAAAGAAAAUAUGUGACCCAAAGGUUGUUAACUUAGUGAUAUAGUUCAGAGUGACCAUACACUUCCUUCCUACUGUGGAAUGAAUUCCCUCAUCGACAAAGUUGCACUACUCUGGGAAGUUACAGCUAAUUUAUGUAUGUUUCUCCUAGUUGCUGUGAAGGGUCAGUAUAUCACCCAGUAUCCUGCAGUGAUCAAGAGCAGGGUCAAUGAGACAGUGACCCUUAAUUGCCAGUUUGUUGGAAUGGACUCGGCUUGCUACGCGGUUUCAUGCAUGAAACUGCACCCCAAGAGUGGCACGCUGGAUUUCGAGCACGAUGUUCGAGUAUGGAAGGAUGUUGGGAAAACGUCCUGCAAAGCAAACAUCUCCAUCGCAACCCCAGAGGACUCUGGGACAUACCACUGUGCUGUUGUGGUCCUGCAACAAUUGUUCAUUGGCAACGGAACAACAAUUGUUGUUGAAAGCAAUGACAGUCCCUCGGUUGAAAUUGCAUUGACUGUCCGCCACCAAAACAAUUCGAUUGCAGUCCUUACUUGCUUGGUCACCGGGAUCCACCCGUCCCAAGCGCGUGUGUUCUGGGUCCUGGGCGAGGGGAGAGAGGAGGGUGGUCAGUCUGAGCCCGUCUGGACCAAUAGCAGUGCCCCAGCUACUGUAUUCACACGGAACCGAGUUUCUCUCCCGUUUGGAUUGGGAGAGACCUGCACUUGUGUCGUGGAAUAUGCAGGGAGGACACUCAGCCGAAGUCUCACCUUAACAGAUCCUCGAGGAAUAUGCUACACUAUUGCCAGUGUACCUAGAAUGCUGGCCAUUGCAUCAGCUCUUCUGCUGCAGUUAAUGGUGGUUGCCAUGACACUGUAUUUCAGGAAUAUUAAAACAGAGAACAGGCCUAACUGUAUAUCUAAGAGGCAAAUGGGAAAAAAUGGUGGAACGAUACACAGAACUGGACAAAGGAUGCACGUGUAAAAAAUUGUAAUAUUACAUGUGAAGUCUACAGCACACACCUAGCUGUCAUUAUUAUAGAGGUCAUUAUGAAAUUAUUCAAUUCAGUUUUAGUUAUAUAACGCCAAAACAAUAAAAUUGUCUCAAGGUGCUUUACAGGGCCCAGGGCCUGAAUCCCCCUCAGAGAAAGCACAAUAAAUUAUACAUAUGGACGGAAUGUGAAAUGUGUACAUAAAGCAUUUCAAGUGACCAAUGACUCACCCAAAAGUCAGACUUGUUGUGACACUGACAUUACUUGUAUUAACAAUCAUGGAGACCCAUUUUGAUAUCCAUGCUGGAAGUCAUCAACCAACAUUCACAUAAUAAAUUAUGUUAAAUGUG